UGGCGCUCAGUUGUUAAAUUUCGAUAUUUUGCGAGUACAGUGUUUUUGACUCAGAAGAUAAAAUAAAUAAAUAUCCCGUAAUUUUUACAUCAAACUGUAAUCUACUUUCUUUUAAAUAAACAUAAAAAAUAUUCAAGAUGAGUUACAGGGAUACGCUUUUAUACCCCCGGUAUUCCCGACGACAAGUCACUUAUUGCGAUAGUUUCGGUUCGUCGCCGUCUUCCGUGCUGAGUUCGCUAUCGUCGUUCCGCUCCCGUCCAUUCGCGGAUAUAUCAUACAAUCCCACUCCGGACGUAAAUGAAGUUUAUCCGGGACUGUAUGUUGGUGACGCUGUUGCUGCCAAGGACAAGGCCUUCUUGAGACGUAUGGGCAUAAACUACGUGCUUAACACUGCUGAGGGCAAACGUUAUACCCAGGUGGACACAGAUCACCUCUAUUACCGCGACUGUCCCGGACUUCGCUACAAAGGUUUUCAGUUAAUGGAUCUGCCAUCAACUGAUAUUUCAAGAUAUUUCCACAUAGCUGCCAAUUUUAUUGAUGAGGGACUUUCUAGCGGAGGACGCGUCUUAGUCCACUGCUUUAUGGGAGUGUCCCGAUCUGCAACUUGUGCGCUAGCUUUUCUUAUGAUCAAACGUGGGAUGUCUUUGGCCGAAGCUUUGGGAACAGUGCGUUGUCGCCGCGACAUCCACCCUAACGAGGGUUUUAUCCGCCAACUACAGCAGCUGGACAGGGAACUGCGCCUCAACCGGAUCCGCUGACCCUACCGAAAUCGGUCUCUGCAGUCACUCUUCAAUUUCUCAUUAGACGAUGCAGAUAGGCGGCGACGAGUACGCAGCCUCGACCGAACUUACCUCUACCAUUACUAAAAACGAUCUUCAAUUUUAUAUUUUAUUGGGACUGAAUUGCUAGUGUUUGUGUGUUCAAUACACGAUACAAAUGCCUCUUCAACACUCCUUCUUUAAAAAUUGUUUCUAAAUUCGUUAAUGAUGAAAUGAAGAGUACUUAGACUAACACUCGUGACAUUUACAAGAUUUACACUUAAUUUAGAGUAACUUUUUAUAUAUAGUACAUACAGUUAUAUAGGGUGCUCCACGGCAAUGCUGCAUGAUGGUACGUAAACCCUUAAAUACUACAAAAAUAAUAGAUAAAUAUAUCAAAAAAGCACUUCAUUUUAUUUUCAAAACCAGCAUUUCAUGUGGUUUUGCCGUAGAUCACCUUCUAUGUUGAUAUUUUUUGGCCUAGUGUUAUUUGUGUAUUCUGGAGAGUAUGUGCCCGCACGUCGCCAAAUAUUAAAAAUCAAGCGGGCGAUAGAUUUGUUUGUGAGCUUCAGCUCCGAAGAGCAAUUGUUGAAAUCUUUUACAAUAAUUAUAUUUUGAACUUUAUUUACACCUAGACUUAAAAAUUCAAAGCGAUUAUCAUAUACUGUACAUAUUUUAACUGUUAUUUGAUCUUACUAAAUAUUAAAUAUACUAAACAAAUAAAGUGAAAAAUAUUAAAGUAGAUGUUUAUCAGAGUUCGGCCCUUUCGAAUUUGGUACCUUCUUAGGAAUGUUUCACAUUAAAUGUAUUGCUAAAUCCAAAGAUAAAUCAUAUUUUUUUUAAUCAUUUACAUUUAAUGUAUCGUCAUGUUUUCGUUUUGAUACAAUUAUGUUAAUAUUUCACAUAGAAUUUAUAUUUUUAAUAAUAAACUUUGUAGUAAUCUCGUGUGCCAUUUUGUUUUGUAUUGAUAG